CGGCGUGUUUCGUUUUUUUAUUUUUCCGCUUUUUAUUGUUUUUAUUUUUAAUCAAACUGUAACGGUGAUCUUUGGAAUUGGUGAUAGGUCUUGGAGUUGGUAAAUCCGUAUCACCGCACUGAUUGCCUGACCUUACAAAAAUAUUAUCAAUCCUCGAGUCUUGCUUUUUGUUUUUUUAUUAACACAAAACCCAACAUCAACCGUUUCUAGUCAGAGAUAUCCCUCUAAAAAAUCUCCCACGACAUGCCUUUCCAGUGCGUAUCUGCCGAAAAACUUUACCAAAAAGACCCCAACUUGAAAAAGCAAGACGUGGAAGAAAUCCAAAAAUGGUUGAAAACUCAGCCACAUCUACCAAAAGUAGAGGACACUCAAAUACUGACUUUUCUGCACAAGAGCCACUACGAAAAAGAAGAGGCAAAAAAAAUCAUUGAUAACUAUUUCACGUUUCGGACUCGCCAUCUCAACAUCCUCAGAGCACUCACACCGGAUGUUCUAAAAACAGUUGCGUCAGUAACGUGUCUUAAUAUCAUGCCCAACAAAACUCCAGAAGGAUAUAUCGUCCUGAUGGUAAAACAGCUGGACUCACGAGUUAGCAACUUCAACAGCACCCAUCUUCUUACGCUGGGUUUCAUGGUUGCAGCGUUGCAUUGUCAUCAGAAUGGAUUCGAAAAUGGUAUGGUACUUCUCAUUGAUUUGAAAGAUUUUUCUGUGGGACAUUUCCUCAAAACCGACUUCAGUUUAUUGAGAUGUGUGUUCGGACUCUUGCAGAACGGUGCGCCGAUGAAGAUCAAAGGAAUCCACUUGGUGAAUGCUACACCAUUGACCAAACACAUAAUAGCCCUAUUCAAACAUUUCCUGAAGGCCAAAUUGUACCAAAAGAUACAAGUCCACGUUCCUAAUUCGACCACUGUGUAUGAAUUUCUGCCGAAGAAGUGUUUGUGUGAAGAACAUGGUGGUUGUCUACCAUCCAGUAGGAUUUUAAGUGAAGAAAGUCUGAAAAAUUUGUUAGACAACUAUGAAUUUUUUUCUUGGUACGAUGGUCAAAAAGUUGACGAAACAAAAAGAAAAGGAAAUGACAAAUAAUACUAUAGUUGAAAAUUAUCGGGUUACAUGGGAAAUGUGUAUUUUGGGUUGAGCGAAUAUUUCCACAACUUUAAAAAUGAACUGUGGAGCACAUUCAAGAAACCGAAGUUUAUGUACAACACUUACAAAAGUUGUGAUAAUCUUUAAUAAUGCAGAUUUUUUAAAUAUAUUACGCUAUAAAUAGUAAAAUACAAACAAA